AUGACCAUUUCAAACGAUAAACGUAUUCCAGUAAGACGAAACUGGAAGGUCACGGAAUCCGCGAGAUUUGAGUGUGACCUUCACUUGGUUUCACAAGGGGAUGUCAGAAGAAAUCGCGCAUCUUCGGAGCACUCACUGAUGGAUGACAAGAAUUGCUCCAAUCCACAAAUAUGUCAAGUUGUUGAUGAUAAUCAUUUGGAUAAUUGUUUGACAACCGAAAUUACAUCGUUAUAUUCACCCUCAAAUAUUAUUUUCCAACAACCUCUUGAUUUUUCACCAUCCAAAACUAUUCAUACUAUUCCAAACGAUACAUCUCAAAUUAUUCCUGAAUAUCAAUUAUCUAAAAGUUUCAUAGAAGAGGAUAAUAAUUUUGUCACAGAGAUAGAAUUGAUCAGUCUUACUGGUCAACGUGAAUCAAUUCCACAUUAUCGUCUACGAGUUGAUCCGUGUACAGCUUUCAUAGGUUAUAAAAAUAGAGAUUUUCGUUCAGCUAAACGAAUUACACGUCAUUACGCUAACAAGUAUCCUUUACCGAAAUCGAUUACUGAAUUGACUACAAUUGAAGACAUUAGAUCAGAAUCAACUGAAACCUUUAAUAAAACUAUAGAAUAUCAUUCAGAAGAAGAUCAUUCUGAAGGAGUAGAAGACGAAGACGACGAUACUCUUAGUUUAACAUCAGAACAAAUUGAAAAUACAUUGGAUUAUUUCAUUCUUUGUGGUCUAAGAGUUAGUCAAAUGACUAAAACAUAUGAAGACUUGGAUGCAAUUACACAACUACUAGAAGAGAAACAAACAGAUCUUGAACUGGCUGCCAAAAUUGGCAAAAAUCUGUUGGAACGAAAUCGUGACCUCCAGUCUAGACUGGUUGAAACAGAGAAAAAUUUAUGCGCACGCGAUGAAGUAAUCAGUCAACUCAAUCAUAAUCUUACUGUUAAAGACAAUUUGUUACGUAUAUUCUUAAGAGAUUCUGAUCAACUGGCUGAUACUAAUGACGAUCAGACGAGCAUAUCAUCCAGUGGACGUGUAUCGCCUGUUCGCAGCCAGUGUCUAUCAUCCAUUGGUGGUGGUGGCGGUGAUGGUAUAUCCUUGUCUUCGAUCAACUUUUCUCAGUUGAACAGAAAACUUCAGGAUUUAGAAGAAGAAAAUAACGCACUACGUCAAGAGCGUAAUCGUAUGUCAGCUACUGCGGAUGCAUUAGAUGAGCAUGAAACUGCUUUAGUUCGUGACUGUGCCCGCCAACUGGUCGCUGCUAAUAUGCAUAUACGUACUUUAUCCGAUGAAUUAGCUAAGAAAUCGGAUGCUUUUAUAAAUCAACAGUCUGAAGUUACUCGCCUACUUACAAGAGGUUUAGACUUGGAAAGUCGAGUUAAACAAUUGACAGCAGAAAAUGAAAUGUUAAUCAAUCGUUUGAAAGAGGCUCAGAUCACCCAGUCUUUUCUGACAAGUGAAUUGAAGACGUCACGUGAUAAAUACGAUGAAUGCCUAACACUUUACAAUGAAGCAAGGUCGGAGAUUCGUGCAUUACGUAAGCGUUCUCGUCGUAGUUAUUAUCGUCCUAGUUCACUUAUUUCUGGUCAUUCUGUGGUCAACAAUCCAAUUUGUCAUUCAACAUCAACUACAUAUUUAAAUGGUGUUACUGUGAUGACAUCUACUCAAUCAGAUCCAGAUCCUACAAGCUAUUAUUAUAAUCAUUCAUCACCUCAACAUGAAGCUAGUGAUGGUAGUUCAUCUUCUUUGGAUAUACUUAGUACACAAAAUCCUGGUUCAGAUAAUUUAGAAACUUCAUUAGCUGCAGAUUUGGCACAUACAAAAUUGAGAGAAUAUUCUGCAGAUAAUGUAAGACAUUUGUUUCGUGCAAUGGAACAAGUUCGAUCUACGCGUACAUCGACCUAUCCUACUACAUCUACUGCUAAUAAUGAUAAUGAUCAUCAUAAUAAUAGUAAUAUACCUCCUGAGUCUGGACUGGAGGAUACUGUUUCCAGUAGUGGUUUCGUCAGUGGAUCAGAACCAUCAGAUAAUCUCCGUAAACAUCGAUCCGGCGGAAGUGAACAAGUAUCCUAUUCUAGUAGUCCAUAUGCAAUUAGACCAUCUAUUCCAAAUAUCAGUCCUAUUCGCCUACAAGAUACUGAACAAAGAUUCAGUCCAAUGAAUUAUCAUCAUGAUUAUCCUUAUUAUAUUAAUCAAAUACAAAGUGGAAAUCAUCUAUUAGAAUCUGAGAAACGUCAUAGUUGGCUAGGUAUUUCAUCAAAUUCAUCUGAGAAAGGCUAUCUUCAUCAUCAUUUACAUCAUAAUACUGGAAUAAACUUUAAAAAUAGUUUCGAUGAUAGCUUACUUUCAUGUGAUCCAAAUGUUGUAGGCAGUAAUCCGUUAUAUUAUAAACUACCUCAACGUUUGAAAUUAAUUAAACCAUUGGAUGGUUCCAACGUUCUUCAGCAUUGGCAACAUUUAGCUACUCCUAGCUUUACAAGAGCACUAUUCGAUGCUCCAUUACCUGGAGUACAAAGUCGUACUGGAGUAUCAGAUAUAACAAAUCCAAACAGUCCAAAGACAACUGAUGAUCAUCAACGUUCUUUACCGCCUCGAUCAUCUCUUGUUUCAUCCAGCUCUCAGAUGAUUCCGCUUAGAUGUAAAGGCUUGUCUACGUAUUCACCUUUCGACUUAUCACACAUUCGACCAGAUGCUAAAUGUAAACGGAAGUCGUCAGAGGGAUACAUCAGUAUGUCUCAAUUUGGAUCCAGUUCUUCACCAUAUUUGUUGAAUAAUCGAAUAAGAGCAAGAUCACUGGAUCAUUUACUCCUGGGAUCACCUCCAUCAUCUUCAUCGUUAUCACAAUACUGUAAAAAAGAUAAAACUGAUGAAUCGUUACAAUUUUAUCAGGCGUUUGAUCAUUUACGAUUGAAUGAUUCUACUGCAUCCCCAUCAUCUUUUCUGCCGACAUUCUCGUUAACUUCAUUAGUUUCUGCUAUUUUACCGUUCAGUGUUCUCCCUUCAUCAUCAACACACAAUGAUGAUAAGAGGAACAUAGGAGACAAAACCUCGGUGGUGACAACAACAAACACAACUACCACUGCAACAGUAAAGUCGUCGUCAUCAUCAUUAAAUGUUAUGGGUGAAUCAGUGCGUCUACGACCUAAAUGUUCACCAACAACUGGUUUACAAGGAUUAUUAGAUAUGCAUAAAGAAGAUUCAAAUUCUUCGAAAUCAUUAUUUCAUAGAACUUCAACAACAAAAUCGAUUACUUCAACUACUCAGGCGUCAUUAUCAUCAUCAUCAUCAACAACAUUAUCACCGUGUCGUAGUUCACCAAAUCUUGUAUCCUUACCCAAUCCACAACCGCCAACACUUGUCUGUCCUACUGUUAAUCGUCCCACUUCAUAUUCACGUCCAUCACGUGCUACUAAUUUGACAGAAAUUACUGAAGAGGCUGGUUCACCUCCAAACUCUGAACAAGCUCAAAAUUCAUCAUCAUCAUCACAACAAGUUCAAGAAACAUCUUUGCAAUCAAAUUAA